AUGAAACAUCAUGCCAUGCUGCAUCGAGGUAACCAGAGUAUAGCGACGGGCAGUUGUACAUCGACGAAUGUGAGUGGUUAUGGCACAAAGGUAUGUCUACGAAUCGUUCCGGUAGCCGUGCAUCGGGGAUCGAAGACAGUGCAAACCUAUGCUUUGUUGGAUGCGGGGUCUGACGUCACACUUUGUAGCGAUUCCCUAGUUAAAAGACUAGACGCCAAAGGUAAGUCCUUUAUAGAGUUUUCUAUAACAACUGUUAAUGGAAGUAAGAAGAAGAAAAAGGGCAUAGAGUUUCAUGCAGAGGUAAGUUCUAUUGACGGACAUGGGCAUUUGACCCUUCAAAGAGUGUGGUCUGUAGAACGUUUGUCUGUGUCUCUGGAUUCACUCCCGAGAAGAUUGGAGUUGGCUAAGUGGGAUCACUUAGCUGGCAUUGAGUUGCCUAAUAUAGAUGCAAAUGAAGUUGGGCUAUUGAUUGGCAGUGACACACCGGAAGCCUUCUGGGUGGAAGAAGAAAGAAGAGGUAAGCGCAGCGAACCAUAUGCUAUUUUGCUAAGAUCGAUUUUAGGUUGGACGAUCAUUGGGCCUACAUGUAAGGUGUCCGCACAUUUAAAUGUCAAUGUGCAUUAUCAACAAGCCGAUGUAUUACAGCAAAUGCACAAACUUUGGUCUACAGACUUUCCGGAGUACGUAGCUGACGAUAAACGGGAGAUGUCACAAGACGACCGACGAGCGUUAGGUAUGAUGAUGCAGACAAUAACUCAAGAGGAUGGACAUUACAAAAUCGGACUACCUUGGCGCGAUGACCAAUGUUUUUCACAUAACAAACACAUGGCACUUACACCUCUAGCAGGCCUGAAAAGGAAAUUGCAAGGAAAUAAUUAUUUGCAUAAAAUGUAUAGUGAUUCAAUGGAAGGAUAUAUAUUGAAAUGUCAUGCAAAACGAGUAUGCGAAUGUGAGACAGAGAGUAAAAGUGACAGGAUUUGGUACCUACCGCAUCACCCAGUUGUAAGCCCACGGAAGCCAGGAAAGGUAAGAGUAGUAUUUGACUGCGCUUCAAAAUACAAAGGUAUGUCACUGAAUGAUCGGCUGGUUCAAGGUCCUGAUUUAGUAAAUAGUAUAGUCGGAGUACGUACGCGUUUCAGAGAGGAAAGGAUUGCGUUAGUGGCAGAUAUUGAAGCUAUGUUUCACCAAGUGCGAGUAAUGGAUGAAGACUGCCAAGCGCUAAGAUUUCUGUGGUGGCCCGAAGGGGACUUAACUCGACAGCCUGAAUGCCACCAGAUGCAAGUGCAUUUGUUUGGCGCAACUUCCUCGCCGAGCUGCGCAGCGUAUGCAUUAAGAAGAACGGCGACUGACAAUGCAGAAAUGAAUGCACCGGAAGUAGCCACAACACUGGAGUUGAACUUCUAUGUUGAUGAUCUAUGA